AUGGGGAGGGCGCCGUGCUGCGAGAAGGAGGGGCUGCGGCGGGGCGCGUGGAGCCCCGAGGAGGACCAGCGCCUGGUGGUCUACAUCCAGCAGAACGGCCACCCCAACUGGCGCGCGCUGCCCCGGCAGGCGGGCCUGCUCCGCUGCGGGAAGAGCUGCCGCCUCCGCUGGAUCAACUACCUCCGCCCGGACAUCAAGCGCGGCAACUUCUCCGCCGACGAGGAGGCCCUCAUCGUCCGCCUCCACCGCGAGCUCGGCAACAGGUGGUCAGCGAUCGCGGCGCAGCUGCCGGGGCGCACCGACAACGAGAUCAAGAACGUGUGGCACACCCACAUCAAGAAGCGCCUGGAGGACGGCGACGACGGGGAGGACAAGAAGAAGGCGCGCAAAAGCAAGCUCGCCGCCGCCAAGAGAUCGGCCGCCAAGAAGGCCACCGACGUCGACGCCGACGCCGUGGACAACAGCGAGCAGCAUCAGCCGUUCCUGACGGCGUCGCCGAGGCUGUCAAGCAGCGUGAGCAGCGGCAUGACGACGUUCUCCACGGCCACGGACUCAGCCGCAGCCGUGUCGUCGUCGGCCGACAACGCGGCCACCACCAGCCACCAGCAGGAGCAGCAGCAGCAGGUCGGCGCCAUCAGCAAGGCGGAGACCAUGGAGAUGGAAACGAGCUUCAGCGCCGCCGAGCUGUUCCCGCCCAUCGACGACAGCUUCUGGUCGUCGGCGGACGUCAUGGACAUGGGCCUCGCCGCCAUGGACGAAGAGCUGGGCCUCGGCCUCGCGGACCCGCUCUCGUCGUCGUCCACGAGGGACGAGGACAUGGAGUUCUGGCUCAAGAUGCUGCUGGAGGCCGGCGACAUGAGGGACUUGAGCGUCUUGUAA